AUUGCGUAUCUAAAGAUAUAGCACGUGCGUAUAAACCCAGAGAAACCCUGUCAAAACGUCGUCGUUUCAAGCUUCUGCAUCUUCUCACUCUCAGAAUUUUGGUUCGUUUUGAUCUUUGCACAUUCUUCACGAGCUUCAAAUCUUCGAUUCAAUUGAAUUGCAGAUGCAUUGAUGUUUAAAAUGCCUCCUCAAAAGGAUCCAGAUAAGUUCUUCAUGUCUAUCAGUAAUGGAGAGAAUAAGCAUGUCGACUAUUUACGCGCUUUAUAUGAGGGUUGCAUUGCUGGAGGUGUUGCUGGUGUUGCUGUAGAGGCAGCUUUAUACCCCAUUGAUACCAUCAAAACACGCCUACAGGUUGCUCGUGGUGGACUAAAAAUUGAUUUCAAAGGUUUGUAUUCUGGAUUGGCUGUAAACCUUGCUGGUUCCUUACCAGCUUCUGCAAUUUUUAUUGGUGUGUAUGAACCAGCAAAGCAGAAAUUGCUGCAGAUCUUCCCUGAGAAUCUAAAUGCUCUAGCUCAUAUUGCUGCAGGUACUAUUGCAGGAGCCGCUUCUUCGCUUGUUCGUGUUCCAACUGAGGUUGUUAAGCAAAGGAUACAAACCGGUCAGUUCAAAUCAACCUCGUCUGCUCUCCGUCUUAUCAUUGCUAACGAGGGUUUUAAAGGUCUUUUUGCGGGAUAUAGAUCUUUCUUAUUGCGAGAUUUACCGUUUGAUGCGUUAGAAUUAUGCAUCUACGAACAGCUCCGUAUCGGGUAUAAAGUAGCGGCAAAAAGAGAUCUGAAUGAUCCAGAGAAUGCUAUGAUUGGGGCCUUUGCUGCUGCAAUAACUGGAGCAGUUACAACUCCACUUGAUGUAAUAAAAACCAGAUUGAUGGUUCAGGGAACACAAAAACAUUACAAAGGCAUUUGUGAUUGUGUUAGGACAAUAGUUAAAGAAGAAGGACCUAAUGCUCUUUUUAAGGGUAUGGGGCCAAGAGUGCUGUGGAUAGGAAUAGGGGGUUCGAUAUUUUUUGGUGUUCUUGAGAAGACAAAGAAAACUCUUGCUCAGAGGAACCCUCAAACUGAUGCUGAGAAGUGAGUUUUUCAAAUUAGGAUUAAGCUGAUGAUGAUGCUGCAGUGUAUCUUAAUCUUUUCAUGAUUGCAUGGAGUCACUUCUUUUCAUGAUUUGGGCCAUUGUGGAGCUUUCUCUCAGAGGCUAACACAUGCAUUGUGUGUUUAGAAAAUUGAUUUUAAUCGAAUUGAGUUUGGUAGAAUUGAUUUUGAGAUAAUUGAGUUUAGCAUAAUUGAUUUAUAUUUGAAUAUAUUUAUGUAAAAGUGAGUUGAACAACAAAUUUCAGUGUAAAAAUUAUGUUUAAACUCAGAAGCUAUAAAUUAUAGCUUCAUGUAGAAUAAAUUCUAAAAGCAGAAUCAAUUCUACUUUAGAAUAACCAAACACCUCAAAAUCACAUGAUCAAUUCUAUACCUCUAGAGUUGCUUUUGGUCAUUUCAAAAGUCAAUCC